UUCCGAGGAAGAGGAGGAGGAGGAGGAGGAGGAAGGAGGCUGGAGGCUGGAUCGUGGCGAGGACGCAAGACAAAGAGAGAGGUGUAGCAGUGGGGUGAGAAAGGGUCCGGUGACCUUUGAGGAGGAGGAGGAGGAGGAGGCAGCAGCUGUGCAUUUCACGGAGGAGGAGUGGAUCUCCUGGAUCUGGACCAAAUCGCUCCGCACAGGGAAGCGAUGGAGGAGAAUUAUGAGAUUGGAGCCUCUUUCAAAUCGGAGCUCAAUUCCUGUUUGGAAGAUGGAGAGGAUCUCCUUAUUCCGGUUCCCAAAGAGGAGAAGACCUCAGCAGAACGAGACCUCGCUUCCUGUAAGGAAGAAGGAGAAAGUCUGUUUAUCCAGGUCGUCAAAGAAGAGGAGGAGACCUCAGCAGAGCUAGGCCUCAUUUCCUUUUCGGGAGGAGAAGAAGAAGAUCCACUUAUCCUGGGUCUCAAAGAAGAGGAGGCGAAGACAUCAGCAGGAUACAUCUGGGGUGUCAAGGCUGAGGGAGAAACAUCUGAAGUAACACUGGAAAAAGAUGAGGGGAAGGUGCAGGAGCAGAAACUGAGGAGUCAAGAUGGAGCAAAGAGACAAGAGGAGAGACAGACUCACACAGGGGACAAACCUUAUAAAUGCUUGGAGUGUGGCAAGAGCUUCCAGUGGAGAAACGCCCUUACAGUGCAUCAAAGAACUCACUCAGGAGACAAACCUUAUAAAUGCUUGGAGUGUGGAAAGAGCUUCGGUGACAGUAGCAACCUUACCUCGCAUCAAAGAACUCACACAGGAGACAAACCUUAUGAAUGCUUCGAGUGUGGAAAGAGCUUCAGUCAGAAUAGCAGCCUUACUUCGCAUCAAAGAAUUCACACAGGGGGCAAAGCUUAUAAAUGCUUUCAGUGUGGAAAGACCUUCAGUCAGAGUGGCACCCUUACUUCUCAUCAAAGAAAUCACAGAGGGGACAAAUCAUAUAAAUGCUUGGAAUGUGGAAAGAGCUUCAGUCGGAGUAGCACCCUUACUUUGCAUCAAAGAACUCACACAGGAGACAAACCUUAUAAAUGCUUGGAGUGUGGAAAGAGCUUCAGUCAGAGUGGCCACCUUACCUUGCAUCACAGAACUCAUACAGGGGACAAACCUUUUACAUGCUUAGAGUGUGGAAAGAGCUUCAGUCGGAGUUGCAAACUUACUUUGCACCACAGAACUCAUACAGGGGACAAACCUUUUACAUGCUUUGAGUGUGGAAAGAGCUUCAGUCGGAGUGACAGUCUUUCUUCGCAUCAAAGAACUCACACAGGGGACAAACCUUAUAAAUGCUUUGAGUGUGGAAAGAGCUUCAGGUGGAGUAGUGCCCUUACGCUGCAUCAAAGAACUCACAGAGGGGACAAACCUUAUGAAUGCUUUGAGUGUGGAAAGAGCUUCGGGAGUAGUAGCAAACUUACUUUGCACCACAGAACUCAUACAGGGGACAAACCUUUUACAUGCUUAGAGUGUGGAAAGAGCUUCAGUCGGAGUAGCAACCUUACGUCACAUCAAAGAAUUCACACAGGAGACAAACCUUAUGAAUGCUUUGAGUGUGGAAAGAGCUUCAGUCAGAAUAGCGCCCUUACUUCGCAUCAAAGAACUCAUUCAGGAGGCAAACCUUAUAAAUGCAUCGAGUGUGGAAAGAGCUUCAGUCACAGUAGCAGCCUUUCUUCACAUCAAAGAAUUCACACAGGGGGCAAAGCUUAUAAAUGCUUCGAGUGUGGAAAGACCUUCAGUCAGAGUGGUGCCCUUACUUCUCAUCAAAGAAAUCACAGAGGGGACAAACCAUAUAAAUGCUUGGAAUGUGGAAAGAGCUUCAGUUGGAGUAGCAGCCUUACUUCUCAUCAAAGAACUCACACAGGAGACAAACCUUAUAAAUGCUUGGAGUGUGGAAAGAGCUUCAGUCAGAGUGGCCACCUUACCUUGCAUCACAGAACUCAUACAGGGGACAAACCUUUUACAUGCUUAGAGUGUGGAAAGAGCUUCAGUCAGAGUUGCAAACUUACUUUACACCACAGGACUCAUACAGGGGACAAACCUUUUACAUGUUUUGAGUGUGGAAAGAGCUUCAGUCACAGUAGCAGCCUUACUUUGCAUCGAAGAAUUCACACAGGGGACAAACCUUAUAAAUGCUUUGAGUGUGGAAAGAGCUUCAGGUGGAGUAGUGCCCUUACGCUGCAUCAAAGAACUCACAGAGGGGACAAACCUUAUGAAUGCUUUGAGUGUGGAAAGAGCUUCGGGAGUAGUAGCAAACUUACUUUGCACCACAGAACUCAUACAGGGGACAAACCUUUUACAUGCUUAGAGUGUGGAAAGAGCUUCAGUCGGAGUAGCAGCCUUACUUUGCAUCAAAGAAUUCACACAGGGGACAAACCUUAUAAAUGCUUUGAGUGUGGAAAGAGCUUCAGGUGGAGUAGUGCCCUUACGCUGCAUCAAACAACUCACAGAGGGGACAAACCUUAUGAAAGCUUUGAGUGUGGAAAGAGCUUCGGGAGUAGUAGCAAACUUACUUUGCAUCACAGAACUCAUACAGGGGACAAACGUUUUACAUGCUUAGAGUGUGGCAAGAGCUUCAGUCGGAGUAGCAAACUUACUUUGCAUAACAGAACUCAUACAGGGGACAAACCUUAUGAAUGCUUGGAGUGUGGAAAGAGCUUCAGUCAGAGUAGCAACCUUACUUUGCAUCACAGAAAUCAUAUAGCGGACAAACCUGAUAAAUACUUGGAGUGUUGAAAUACCUUUCGUCAGAAUGGCUACCUUAAGGCACAUCAAAGAAUCCGUUCAAGGGAAGAGAUGUAUAAAUGCUUUGAAUGUUGAAAAAGCCAGAAAUGUUGUUGAAAGGGGUGUGAUCCUGGUUGAAAUGUGUAGCAUGGGCUGCUUCAGAAGGUGGCUAUCUCCCCUUCCUGUAAAGGGUUUUAUGCAGAGGCUGGUUGCUCCCCCCACCUGUCCCCAGGGAUGGAUUCCCCACCCCAACUCAGGGAUAGGCUAGAUGACCUUUGAUGUCCCUUCCAGGACUAAAAGAGGAAUAAAAGGGACCCUCCUCCUGUGUCAUUCAGAGCAGUCUAGGACUGAAGGAUGCACAUCCAGCAUCUACACCGAUGGAAGUAGGAUACUUGAAACCAAACCCUGGGAAGACAACGAAAGCUACAGACAAGCUAUAGGAAAACUCCUGUACAUCGGCGCAAUAACCAGACCAGACGUGGCGGAAGCACUGGGAUACCUUCGCAGAAAAACCAGCUCGCCAACCAAGGAAGGCUGUGAAGCAUUGAAGAGAGUGGCAAGAUAUCUGAAAGGCACCGUAAAAGUAAAACUAAAGCUAUCAGCUACUCAAGAUCCUAAGCUUCUUGGAUACUCUGAUGCUGACUGGGCUGGAGACGUCAAAGAUCUCAAGUCAACCAGCGGAAAUCAGUUCUACUAUGGGCAGUCACUUAUCUGCUGGAGAAGUCGAAAGCAAGACACUGUAGCACACUCAUCUACAGAGGCAGAGUAUGUAUCAACUGAUGAAGCAUGCAAGGAAAUGCUGUGGCUACGCAAGCUUCUGGGAGACUUGGGCAUAUCUGAACCAGAGCCUAUCAGAAUACUUGAGGACAAUCAAGCUUGCAUAAGUCUUGUGGAAUCAGAAGGACAAAGUUUUCGGGUGAAGCACAGCAAAGUUCCACUACCUAAACGACAUCUAGAUGUGAAGUUCCACUACCUAAAGGACUUCUAGAGAUGACCUACCCUUCAACAGAAGAGAUGACAGCUGAUGCAUUUGCCAAGCUGUUGGGCAAACUGUGACACCAGAAGCUAUGAGGCAAGAUGGACCUUGCAGAGUGAACUAAGUUCUUGUUGAGAAGGGGUGUUGGAAUAUGUGGUUCAACUCAACUGGUGGGCUGCGACUGCAUGGGGUUAAAAAGGGUAGCUAGGGAGGAGACCUCCUGAUUGCUAGGCUACUACCUCUCCUUUGAUCUCCUGCUGUUCUCCCUUCCUGCUAGACUGAUAUUCUCAGGGUGUUGACUACAUCUUUCGGCUUCUUCUUCUUCCUUCUCCUGAGAGACAGAGAUCUGGAUCUUCUCUUUGUCUGCUCUCUCUUCACACAGCAUCAGGGCAAACACUAGGCUUAGUGUUUGCAUCUCCAACUUUGCUGGUUAGCUAGAUGUAGAACUCUUUCCUAUCAAGUAUGUACCUCCAGAAUAAAGUAGUUCUUUCUUAUUUUGAAGCUUAAAGUCUCAGUCUGACUAAUUCCAAGGAAGGUGUAAUAUUUAGCCAGGAUUCAAAACACAAAGCUUACUCAGAUGCUAUAUUUCGCUAAUUUGGCUACUCUGCAACAGCUACAACUCAGUAGAAGCCACGACAAGGCUGUGUAUCUGCGGCUAGAUUGAAGUGGGUCGGGGCAGACUGUGAUGUUCCUGCUUAUAUUGUAAAUAUGGUAAGUGCUGGUUAUAUAGAAGACAUGUGGUAAGUGGAGUGAAAGAGGAGGGGGAGUACAUGAGCAGUAGAAUGCUGAAUGAUUGGCUGAGCAUUUGAAUGGCUGGGAGUAUAAAUGGAAGAAUGACAGUUGAAUCGGGGUGGUGAAUUGGGUGGUGAAUUGAGGAGGUGGAUGGUGUUUGGUGUUGUUGAGAGUGAGUCGGAGUUCUGAGGCAAUUAGUAAGAAGUCAAGUACAUAACAGAAUAUAGAUGAAACCAUAUGCUUGUGAAACAUUCCUUCAGCAAUCUUGUUAUUUCUAAUACUGAAUAAAUAUUUCUUGGUUAAACAAAAGCCUGAUUCCUUCUGCUGGGAAACACAUACCAGGGGGAAUAGCAAAGUAACCAAGGCUGAACAGUUUGUAUGGAAUGGUGGCAGCGGCGGAUCGGAGGAAAGUCUAUCCAGUCCCACAGAGAAAUCCAGGGCUGUCAGCUUCAGUGCAAGAGGCUGCGGGGGGGUUGGGAAUUGCCUAUACCCAUAGACGUGUAGGCCAUUCAGAAGCACUGAUGUCUAGUGUUCCAGCAAGACAGUGGAGAAACAACGAUUAUGGGGUUAAUACUGUGUUGAGAGCUGCCAAGGUCAGUGCCGAGCAGAUGUGCCUGGCAAGGGCAGCGUAAUGUAUUUAGCUCUGAUAAACCGAAAGGAUAGGUAAAUUGCUUUUAGGGAGGUUCACAAUUAUGAAUUCCUAUUGAUUUAAUCUAAAAAUAUUUAAAAUACAUAAAAACAGCCAGGGGAAGAUAUUGGAGAAAUAUAAAAUAAAUACAAAUAAAAAAGGGGGGGAGGUGAAGAGACCUUAAAUGUGCUACUCACCAUCUCUCAGCCUAUCCUCCCCUCAGGAUGAAAACAAUGGAGAACCACGACCACCCCCAGGAAGAAGGGCACACUUAAAAUGUAGAGGAAAAAAUCAUCUACAACCAUAGUGUGAAAUCCAAUACUUAUUGGGACACAGUACGAAGAAAUAUUUAUAUAAACAUGACUCUCAAAUAUGUUUAUGAAUUACACAGUCUUUAAAUAUAUUUAUAGUGCAAUCCAAUGUUUGUUUACUCAGAAGCAAGUCCCAAUGUAUUCAAUGGGGCUUACUCAAACUGGGAAGUGUGCAGAGAACUACAGCCUCAAGUAGAGCUUGAGAAAGAGGGCUUUCUCAAUAGUGACCCCCACCCUGUGGAACUCUCUCCCAAAUGAUCUCCGCCAUGCCCCUUCUAUGAUGAGCUUCCGCCGGGCCUUGAAGACCUGGCUCUUCAGGCAGGCUUUUGGGGUGGGUUAGGUUUUUACUGUUACGGUUUUAAAUUUUAACGUUUUAAUGUAUUGUUUUUUAUC